CGUCUUUGCCUCUUAUGUCGCAUGAAGAUUCAUACAAACACACUCGCUCGUGCGUAUAUAAAUAAGACACGUAUCCACUAUCAUCCUCACAAACUCAUUGUACACUGAACAGCGAGUACUACAGAUAUACAAACGAACAGAAACUCUUCAAAAUGCAGGUUACAUUGGUUGUAUCGUCAUUGCUGUUAGCCGCCGUUGCGGUCAGCGCCUACCCCGCAGGACAAAAUCCAGAAUCCAGAGCCGUUAUCUUGAGCCAAGAAUCAGGAAACAACCCUGAUGGUUCCUCCAAGAACAAUUUCCAAACCGAUAACGGAAUCAGACAAGAACAAGUCAGCUACUUGAAACCAGGCCCUGAAGGACCCGUAGCAGUAUUCCAAGGAGCAGUGGCUUACGUAGCCCCAGACGGCCAGACCAUCCAAACCGGCUACGUUGCUGAUGAAAACGGUUACCAGCCGUACGGAGCUCAUUUGCCCACACCACCACCAAUCCCAGCUGAGAUCCAAGAAUCGCUCAGACUUCUCGCCACUCUCCCCAGUACUCCUGAACCAAUUUACCAAUAGGACAGUGAAGACGUAGUCCACCCCGGCCCGGCUUAUCCUUAUUCUUGUACUAUAUAUGCUCGACCUAUAAUGAUUAUCCGCAACAUAUCUAUAGUGGUUUCCAAGCGCCAACUAUAGCUUUGUUAAUAUUAUCCUUGUACCGCUCUCCUGUCCGUUUACUUUAUUAUAAUCUUUUACCAUGAUCUCGCUAUUGCAUUUUGAUGUCGAUGGCGAUAAUGUUAAAUUUUAUAAUUACUAUUUCUACUAUUGCUAUUUUAUCUUCGAAUUUAUGAUGAUAUUUUAUAAUCAUCAUAAAUGUACAAGUAUGUAAUAUAUAUACAUAAUAUAAUGUCAAUUGUAUUAUACAAAAAAUAUAUAAAUAUUGUGUUUUAAAAAAAUGCGUUUUUAUUUCGUCAUUUUUUCACUAAAAUUGUAUAAUAUUUUAUACUCAAAGCUUGUAUGAUAUUAAAUUAUUCGCAAAAUAUUAUUAUGUAAUUCAGGGAAUGUGAAGGCUUCUAGAUUCAAAAAUUACUUAUACUAAAAACUGAUUAGUGGUAACGUAUUUUAUGAGUACUAUUUCUAAAUCUCAGACAAAUAUAAUUUAAAUAAUUAUGAUUUUUAUAGGACAAAUUGUAUAAUUAUUAUAUAAUAUACUGUUUUAUUAUAA